AUUGUUUCUCCUCGUAAUGAAAAUGGAGUACUAGUCAUCUUGUCCCCUCUUGUUGAAGACAUGGAAGUGGAAGAAAGUUUCUUCAUUGAUCUAGAUAAUAAAUCGGCUGCCAAGGAGCUUCAGCAAACAUUAGAUGCAUUACACAUUCGUAAUCCAAUGUCAAUUGAAGAGUUGCUAGAUUUUGAGGAAGAAAAAAUAGAGAUACAUCAACAAUUUAAUGAUAAUGAUCUUAUUCAAGCCGCCACAGAGAUAGAACAUGCAGAAAAUGAAGUCAUUAUACAAUCCUUAACCGGUAAAGAACAGUUGGAUAUUUUGCGCAAUGUCCUGAGAAUAGUUGACGAGAGAAUUGAUGAUA